GAUUAUCUCUCCUCUCCUCUCCUCUCCUCUCCUCUCCGCGGACUCACCAUGGCAGUCGAGAGGAUCCAUGCCCGCGAGAUCCUGGACUCUCGUGGGAACCCCACUGUGGAGGUGGACCUGUACACACAGAAAGGCAUGUUUCGAGCAGCGGUCCCCAGUGGUGCAUCCACUGGUAUCUACGAAGCGCUGGAGCUACGAGACAACGACAAGUCACGGUUCCUCGGAAAAGGGGUCCUGCAGGCCGUGGAUCAUAUCAACAGCACUGUCGCCCCAGCUCUCGUGGGCUCUGGCCUCUCUGUUGUGGAUCAAGAGAAGAUUGACAAUCUGAUGCUGGAGAUGGAUGGCACUGAGAACAAAUCCAAGUUUGGUGCCAAUGCUAUCCUGGGAGUUUCGUUGGCUGUGUGCAAGGCGGGAGCUGCAGAGAAGGAUGUCCCCCUGUACCGGCACAUCGCUGACCUAGCCGGCAACUCUGACCUCAUCCUUCCUGUGCCAGCUUUCAACGUGAUCAAUGGAGGUUCCCAUGCAGGCAACAAACUGGCCAUGCAGGAGUUCAUGAUCCUGCCUGUGGGAGCAGAAAGCUUCCGUGAUGCCAUGCGCAUUGGGGCUGAAGUCUAUCACAACCUCAAGAGCGUCAUCAAGGAGAAGUAUGGCAAAGAUGCUACCAAUGUGGGUGAUGAGGGAGGUUUUGCCCCCAACAUCCUGGAAAAUAGUGAAGCUCUGGAGCUCCUCAAGGAAGCUAUCGAGAAGGCGGGCUAUACAGACAAGAUUGUCAUUGGUAUGGACGUGGCAGCCUCUGAGUUCUACCGUGAUGGCAAAUAUGACCUGGACUUCAAGUCCCCAGAUGACCCAAGCCGCUACAUUUCCUCAGAUGAGCUGGGUGACCUCUACCAAAGCUUUGUACGUGAUUAUCCAGUGGUCUCCAUCGAGGAUCCCUUUGACCAAGAUGACUGGGAAGCCUGGGCCAAGUUCACAGCCAAUGUGGGGAUUCAGAUAGUGGGAGAUGACCUGACAGUGACAAACCCCAAGCGCAUCGAGCGAGCUGUGGAAGAGAAAGCCUGCAACUGCCUGCUGCUCAAAGUCAACCAGAUUGGAUCCGUCACAGAGGCCAUCCAAGCCUGCAAGUUGGCCCAGGAGAACGGCUGGGGUGUGAUGGUGAGUCACCGAUCUGGGGAGACUGAAGACACCUUCAUUGCUGAUCUGGUUGUAGGACUGUGCACUGGGCAGAUAAAGACGGGUGCUCCCUGCAGGUCUGAACGCCUGGCUAAAUACAACCAGCUCAUGAGGAUUGAGGAAGAGCUUGGCGAUGAAGCACGCUUUGCCGGACACAACUUUCGCAACCCAAGUGUUCUUUGAACAUUGUCCCCAGGGCACAGCCACCCUGCUGCUCUUUCCCACCUCACAGACUCUGAAACCCCUUUCGCUCCACCACUCCCUUUUUUGCUCUUUCUCCCUCCUCCACCACCCGGUUCCCUCUCACCUCAAACCCCCUCGAGUUCAGAUGUCCCCGGCUAGAUGUACCAAGGUGAAGGAUCAGAGAGAGGCCUACACCCUGUCCCUUGCUUUGGGGUCAUAAGCAUUUCUGGAUCUAGGCAUUGUGUGUCUCUUGGUUUUUUUGUGCAGGGCCACGUCUGAGCCACUCUGUUCACGUGUUAGACUGCAGGAGCAUGCUGCCCGGUGUGUUUCCCUUGUACGCCGAAGCAUGUGCAGUGAACGUCUGUGCGUCGGCUGGUGUGUUUGGACACGUGUCGCCCCUGUAGCUGUGUUCGGACGAGUGUCGCCAGUGGCUCACUCUCGUUGUGCAUGUGUGUAGGUGUCUGUGUACUGGCCUACAGCAUCCUUGUGCCCCAGGCGUGUGUUUGCGCUGAGCCCCGGUGGGAC